CCCGCUCAUUUCUCAUCCAACUUGAACAUGUCCUCAGCAACCAUAACCGCUCGUUUCAGAGCUCCCCGGCGCACAGUCGUAGCCUGCAGGCACUGCCGUCAGCGCAAAGUCCGGGUGCGUCAGCUUCUUUAUCUAGCGGGGAGCUGAACUUGAUUUGCGUCUAUGCUGUCGUCCAGUGCAGCCCUCCGGAUGUGCGGAAUAUUUCGCCCACUUGUCGACGGUGCACCGAGAAGGGGCUGGUGUGCGAAUACAACACGAGCACGGUGCUCAACGAAAGCGUCGACUCGGAUUAUCUCCGGUGGUCGCUGACGCGUACUGUGCCCAGCGCCAUCACGGUCCCUCCCGCCACUUCACUGGAUGACGUUUCACCCAGCCGGUCCUGGAACGACUGGGAACAAAUUUCGAUCCUGCCAGGUGGUAGGACGGGGGAACUCGGAUGCGGUAGUUUGCCAUAUACGCUCGCUCCACCGGCAGAUUUCCGUCCCCGCUAUGCGUCCAGGCCAUAUCCCGACCUCGCACUCCACUGGGAUCCUUAUCAGGACCAGUCGCCGCAGGUGUCAUGCUCGUACGAUUGGGUUGAGGGAACCCCGCAAUCAAAGCCGUUGGAGAUCAAAACUCGGGUCGCACGGACAAGCUCAAGUUCAAUCUCAAUCGGCGCACGUGACCGCGUUUUGUGGUGAGUCCCCAGUUCCGGCAUUGGCAGACUUGC